UGCGCCAAUCGGAGUGGCGAAACAAAGGGAAUUUAUAUUUGACCGCCUCUUCCUGCCUUUAUCUCCAUGAAUUCUCGCCAGGAGCUCGCCGCCAUCUCCCUUCAAACGAGGCCUUCUGCUGCCUAACCACCUUCUUCUCUCUCUUGAAAGCUUUUGGCGUUACGGAUUUUCGCUACUUUGUAGGGACGAAUCGGGUUGGUCAUCGGGCCUGUCGUAUCUUCAAGGGUCCAUGCUUGUCAAAGCCACCCUACAGGGUUUCUAGGUUGCUUUUGGAAAGAAUUUCCUGUUUUGGAAAAGUAUCCCAAAGAUCCUCCAGCUCUUACAACAAUUUCUGGGUUCGAAUUCUAGCCUGCGGCUUCUGACACCAGCUCUAGAGUUUAGGGAUUUGAUUACUAUCUUAUACUUUUCAUUCAUAUAGUGUGUCAGGUUGUCAUCUACCCUCGAAGAUGGAGAUGCUUACUACAAAUUCUGGUGCCAUGCUAACUCUUCUACCCCCAGUGGGUCAGCAUUGGGGAAAAAUGAAGGUCAAAGACUUCCUUCUUAGAAGGGAUAGUGUCCAACUUCAAACUCCUAAUGGGAGGAGACAAUCUGUGAUUGCUAAAGCAGGACCAGUUUUUCUCAAACCAAUUCCAUCUACUGGGACGAAGGGAGGCUUUCUGUAUUCUACUAGAAAGAACAACAACGCUUUCAUAUGUUUUGCUGCAUUGAAUGCUAGGUGUGCAGCGGAGCAGACCCAGACUGUUACAAGAGAGGCUCCUACAAUCACUGUUCUUCCCGGCAAGGAGAAGUCACCGCAACUGGAUGAUGGCGAUUCUGGAUUUCCACCUCGUGAUGAUGGUGAUGGCGGCGGUGGAGGUGGCGGUGGUGGAGGAAACUGGUCUGGUGGAUUCUUCUUCUUUGGCUUCCUUGCUUUCCUAGGCUUUUUAAAAGAUAAAGAAAGUGAAGGGUCCUAUGAGGAUGAUAGGAGAAGAUAAAUAUAUUUUGAUCAAAUUUAUAAAAUGUAGAUUCAGAGUUAUACUUGGAGACAAUCUCAAAAUAAACAUUUGUUUCUAGUAAUGUUAAUCCAAUUUGAUUUCUUUCAUCCACUU